AUGCGUGAGUUGAUCUUACCUAUCCCAGUGCGGAAAGAGAGGGAGCGUCAGAACAGUCUCCCGUCUCCCUCCCCGCCAUUGCCAUUACUUAUCACCUCCUACUCCAUCCAGACUUCUAAGAAGUUUCCCUUUUUCCACUUCAAAAAAUGUAGAUAUGAAGCGGAAAAUGCCUUCUUCUGCAACCUGAAGCUGGAGGACUUCAACAUAAUUGACACGUUGGGGGUCGGAGGCUUCGGACGUGUGGAGCUGGUAGGAUGUUUAAAUAAAGUAUGUACUGUAUGUCUGUGUGCACUAUAUGUCUAUAAUGUCUUUCUCUCUCUCUCCCUUUUUCUCUUUGUACACUGUUACACUCCCAAUCCCAAUGUCUUGUCAUACUGUAUCAACUGGAUAGGUUGCUCAUGGAUGAUAAUGUGACUUUUUCCAUGGUGGUAAAAUUGCUAGGAGGUCCUCAAGAGUGUAACACGAUUACUGUAGUCGAGUGAUUUCAUUCCUUGUUGAAUCAUCGAAUACCUUAUUUUUGAAGCUCUACGUUUCCAGACAGUUCUUGAGACUCAUGUCCUAUUUCAUUAUAAACCAUUGGCAGGGAAUAAAGAGCAAAGAGAAGUUGAACUUAAUUGAGUGAUAUAGGAUAGGAAGGAUCAGUGGUCUUCUUUUCCUGUAAAGGAGCAGUCUAACGUCAGGUAGCAAGAAUGUCUUUGGGCUAUUUGAAGUAACUUUCCACUAUAAGGGCAGAAGAGGUAAUGAAACCCUGCCAUGUGACCCACAGUGUUACAUAGCAUAGGAGUUCUCUGAAACUUUCCAACUUCAGUCUGCUUGAAUGUGUAGUAUAGGCCUAAUAGACUUGAGGUUAACUACACCAAAUGUAGGCCAACACAUUGAUUGAUUUAUAAUUACACACAAAACACACACAUCAUUUAUAUUUUGAAUGAAUAUAUUAAAACCUUUUUGACUCAUUGUACAGGUAACUGCCGAAAUAAAGGAAACACCAACAUAACACAUUGGGCCACCAUGAGCCACCAGAAUAGCUUCAAUGUGCUUUGGCAUAGAUUCUAUAAGUGUCUGGAACUCUAUUGGAGGGAUGCGACACCAUUCUUCCACGAUAAAUUCCAUCAUUUGGUGUUUUGUUGAUGGUGGUGGAAAACCCUGUCUCAGGCGCCGCUCCAGAAUCUCCUAUAAGUGUUCAACUGGGUUGAGAUCUGAAACCCCUCUUCAAAGUCACUGAGAUCUCUUCUUCUAGCCAUAGUAGCCUAAAUAAUGGGCAACUGGGCAUUUUUAUACAUGACUCUAAGCAUGAUGGGAUGUUAAUUGCUUAACUCAGGAACCACAUCUGUGUGGAAGCACCUGCUUUCAAUAUAAUUUGUAUCCCUCAUUUACUCAAGUGUUUCCCUUUAUUUUGGCAGCUACCUGUAUAUUGCAAUGCACAAUUGUAAUUUUGUCAUUAAAAAUGAAUAUACACUUAAACAACUGACACAUUAUAGACACGAACAGAUAGAGAAAAGCAAGUGAGGGUUGAUCAAGUGAGUGCUAGAAUGGAGCAAUGCAGACCAGUGGGGUCUCAGAGUUGCAACAAAGGAAAAGCCCAGCAUCUUGGCCUAAAGAGGAAUCCCCUGCCCUGUCCUAUUUUUGGCACUGCGCCUCCAGUCAUCAUGUUCACUGUAGUGCAAUCCAUUGCUAGACAGCCCGGGGAUUGAAUGACCCCGGACAUGUAGGUGCUCCCUGAGAUAGGCAAUGGGAAGAAUGUCUACUCCCAGUCAAACUAUUUUCAGGUCCUCUGGAGUCACGAAUAGACCCAUGACUCAUCUGCUAUUACUGGGUCCCAGAAACAGUGUUAAAAAUGGCUCAACUAAGACUUGAUCUUCACAGCCAGGACAUGUUUACAACUAAGAUGUUGUUCAAUUCACUUUUAGUGGUCGUUGACCUUGAGAUGCUCAAUAUCUUGCAUUGUCUGUGUCCUGCAGGUGCAGCUAAAAAGCAAUGAGAUUAAAACUUUUGCAAUGAAGAUACUGAAGAAGAGGCACAUCGUGGACACUCGGCAACAGGAGCACAUCCGCUCCGAGAAGCAAAUCAUGCAGGAGGCCCACUCAGACUUCAUUGUCAGGUAGCUACAUACAAUGCAUUCGGAAAGGAUUCAGACCCCUUGACUUUCUCCACAUUUUGUUACAUUACAGCUUUAUUCUAAAAUGGAUUAAAUUGAUUUCCUCAUCAAGCUACAUGCAAUAACCCAUAAUGACAAAGCAAAAACAGGUUUUUAGACAUUUUUACCAAAAUAAAUAAAAAAUAAAGGAAAUAUCACAUAGGGAGUUUUUUUGGGGAUAAAAAUAAAUAGAAUAGAGCUAAGCACAUACAAAAUCCUAGAGGAAAACCUGUUUCAGUCUGCUUUCCACCAGAUACUGGCAGACAAAUUCACCUUUCAGCAGGACAAUAACCUAAAACACGGUCAAAUAAAUCAAAUCAAAUCAAAUUUUAUUUGUCACAUGCUGAAUUUAACAGGUAUAGACUUUAAUGUGAAAUGCUUACUCACAAGCCCUUUCCCAACAAUGUAGAGUGAAAAAGUAUGAAAAAUAUAUAAAUAUUAGCAAAUAAGAAAAACUAAAGGAAAUAGUAACACAAUAAAAUAACAAUAACAAGGCUAUAUACAAGGAGUACCGGUACCGAGUCAAUGUGCAGGGGUACGAGGUAGUUGAAGUAAUACAGUUGAAGUCGGAAGUUUACAUACACUUAGGUUGGAGUCAUUAAAACUCGUUUUUCAACCACUCCACACAUUUCUUGUUAACAAACUAUAGUUUUGGAAGUCGGUUAGGACAUCUACUUUGUGCAUGACACAAGUAAUUUUUCCAACAAUUGUUUACAGACAGAUUAUUUCACUUAUAAUUCACUGUAUCCCAAUUCAAGUGGGUCAGAAGUUUACAUACAUUAAGUUGACGGCGCCUUUAAACAGCUUGGAAAAUUCCAGAAAAUGAUGUCAUGGCUUUAGAAGCUUCUGAUAGGCUAAUUGACAUAAUUUGAGUCAAUUGGAGGUGUACCUGUGGAUGUAUUUCAAGGCCUACCUUCAAACUCAGUGCCUCUUUGCUUGACAUCAUGAAAUCAGCCAAGACCUCAGAAAAAUAGUUGUAGACCUCCAUCAGUCUGGUUCAUCCUUGGGAGCAAUUUCCAAACGCCUGACGGUACCACGAUCAUCUGUACAAACAAUAGUACGCAAGUAUAAACACCAUGCGACCACGCAGCCGUCAUACCGUUCAGGAAGGAGACGCGUUCUGUCUCCUAGAGAUGAACGUACUUUGGUGCGAUCCCAGAACAACAGCAAAGGACUUUGUGAAGAUGCUUGAGGAAACAGGUACAAAAGUAUUUAUAUCCACAGUAAAACAAGUCAUAUAUUGACAUAACCUGAAAGGCUGCUCAGCAAGGAAGAAGCAACUGCUCCAAAACCGCCAUAAAAAAGCCAGACUACGGUUUGCAACUGCACAUGGGGACAAAGAUCGUACUUUUUGGAGAAAUGUCCUCUGGUCUGAUGAAACAAAAAUAUAACUGUUUUCCCAUAAUGACCAUCAUCAUGUUUGGAGGAAAAAGGGGAUGACUUGCAAGCCGAAGAACACCAUCCCAACCGUGAAGCACGGGGUUGGCAGCAUCAUGCUGUGGGGGUGCUUGCUGCAGGGAGCGACUGGUGCACUUCACAAAAUAGAUGGCAUCAUGAGGAAGGAAAAUUAUGUGGAUAUAUUGAAGCAACAUCUCAAGACAUCAGUCAGGAAGUUAAAGCUUGGUCGCAUAUGGGUCUUCCAAAUGGACAAUGACCCCAAGCAUACUUCCAAAGUUGUGCCAAAAUGGCUUAAGGACAACAAAGUCAAGGUAUUGGAGUGGCCAUCACAAAGCCCUGACCUCGAUCCUAUAGAAAAUGUGUGGGCAGAACUGAAAAAGCGUGUGCGAGCAAGGAGGCCUACAAACCUGACUCAGUUACAUAGGAGGAAUGGGCCAAAAUUCACCCAACUUAUAGUGGGAAGCUUGUGGAAGGCUACCCGAAACGUUUGACCCAAGUUAAACAAUUUAAAGGCAAUGCUACCAAAUACUAAUUGAGGGUAUGUAAACUUCUGACCCACUGGUAUGUGAUGAAAUAAAUAAAAGCUGAAAUAAAUCAUUAUCUUUACUAUUAUUCUGACAUUUCACAUUCUUAAAAUAACGUGGUGAUCCUAACUGACCUAAGACAGGGAAUCUUUACUAGGAUUAAAUGUCAGGAAUUGUGAAAAACUGAGUUUAAAUGUAUUUGGCUAAGGUGUACGUAAACUUCCGACUUCAACUGCAUGUACAUGUAGGUACUGUAGGGGUAAAAGUGACUAGGCAAUCGGGAUAGAUUGUCACGGUCGUCUAGGAGCGAAGGAGACCAAGGCGCAGCGUGUGCAAGAAACAUGACUUUAUUAAUUAAAGUUUCGAACUACAAACAAAAGACGACUCAUGAAGUCCACGGUACACCGACCGAAACGGAACAAAAACCCACAACACCCAAAGGAAAACAUACAGAUAAAUAUGGCUCCCAAUCAGAGAUAACGAGCCGACAGCUGACACUCGUUACCUCCGAUUGGGAGUCACAUGACUACACAAGAACUAACCAAAACCACACACACCCAAAUGAACACACCCUAUUCCCAACCUAACCAAAACAAACCCCAACAACACGAAUACACCCUGGCUCAAAUACAAGUCCCGGAGCCAGAGUGUGACAGUACCCCCCCCUAAAGGCGCGGACUGCGACCGCGCCUCAACUAGGGCUAACCCAGGGAGGGCUGGGUGGGCAUACCUCUUCGGCGGUGGUUCUGGCUCUGGUCGUGGUCCCCACCCCACCAUAGUCACUACCCGCUUCCGUAGCCUCCUCCAACUGACCACCCUCCAACUUAACCCCACCGGAUUAAGGGGCAGCACCGGACUAAGAGGCAGCACCGGACUAAGGGGCAGCACCGGACUAAGGGGCAGCACCAGGAUAAGGGGCAGCACCAGACUAAGGGGCAGCACCGGACUAAGGGGCAGCACCGGACUGAAUGGCAGAUCCUGGCUGGCUGGCUCUGGCGGAUCCUGGCUGGCUGGCGGACCCCGGCUGGACGGCUCUGGCGGAUCCUGGCUGGACGGCUCAUGGCUGGCUGACGGAUCUGGCUGCUCAUGGCUGGCUGACGGAUCUGGCUGCUCAUGGCUGGCUGACGGAUCUGGCUGCUCAUGGCUGGCUGACGGAUCUGGCUGCUCAUGGCAGGCUGACGGAUCUGGCUGCUCAUGGCUGGCUGACGGAUCUGGCUGCUCAUGGCAGGCUGACGGAUCUGGCUGCUCAUGGCUGGCGGAAGGCUCUGGCUGAUCCUGUCUGGCGGACGGCUCUGGCUGAUCCUGUCUGGCGGAAGGCUCUGGCUGAUCCUGUCUGGCGGAAGGCUCUGGCUGAUCCUGUCUGGCGGAAGGCUCUGGCUGAUCCUGUCUGGCGGAAGGCUCUGGCUGAUCCUGUCUGGCGGAAGGCUCUGGCUGCUCCUGUCUGGCGGAAGGCUCUAGCGGCUCCUGUCUGGCGGAAGGCUUUAGCGGCUCCGGUCUGGCGGACGGCUCUGAAGGCUCAUGGCAGACGGGCGGCUUUGCAGGCUCAGUACAGACGGGCAGUUCAUGCAGCGCUUGGCAGACGGACAGUCCAGACGGCGUUGGGCAGACAGGCAGUUCAGGCGCCUUUGGGCAGACGGGCAGUUCAAGCGCCGUUGGGCAGACGGGCAGUUCAGGCGCCGUUGGGCAGACGGGCAGUUCAGGCGCCGUUGGGCAGACGGCAGACUCUGGCCGGCCGAGACGCACUAUAGGCCUGGUGCGUGGUGCCGGAACUGGUGGUCCCGGGCUGAGGACACGCAUCUCAGGGCUAGUGCGGGGAGCAGCAACAGGACGCACAGGACUCUGGGGACACACAGGAGGCUUGGUGCGUGGUGUAGGCACUGGUGGUACUGGGCUGGAGCGGGGAGGUGGCGCCGGAAAUACCGGACCGUGCAGGCUUACUGGCUCCCUUGAGCACUGAGCCUGCCCAACCUUACCUGGUUGUAUGCUCCCCGUCGCCCGACCAGUACGGGAAGGAGGAAUAACCCGCACCGGGCUAUGUAGGCGAACCGGGGACACCAUGCGUAAGGCUGGUGCCAUGUAAGCCGGCCCGAGGAGACGCACUGGUGGCCUGAUGCGUUGGGCCGGCUUCAUGACAUCCGGCUCAACGCUCAAUCUAGCCCGGCCGAUACGUGGAGCUGGAAUGUACCGAACCGGGCUAUGCACGCGUACAGGAGACACCAUGCGCUCUACUGCGUAACACGGUGUCUGCCCGUACUCUCGCUCUCCACGGUAAGUACAGGGAGUAGGCGCAGGUCUCCUACCUGACUUCGCCACACUCCCUUUAAGGCCCCCCCCAAGAAAUUUUUGGCUAGUGCUCACGGGCUUCCAGCCUUGCCUCUGUGCUGCCUCCUCAUAUUGCCUCCUCUCGGCUUUAGCUGCCUCCAGCUCUUCACGAGGGCGGCGAUAUUCUCCCGGUUGUGCCCAAGGACCCCUUCCAUCCAGUAUCUCCUCCCAUGUCCAUGAAUCCUGUGUAGGUGGAUCCUGUUGCCGCUUGACACGCCGCUUGGUCCUAGAUUGGUGGGUUUUUCUGUAGGUCGCUAAUGGACCAAAGCGUGUGCAGAACAUGCUUUAUUAAUGUUUCGUGACAUCAUGAAGUGUGAAACACAAUAAAUGUGAUACGACCGACGCUGUCGUUUACUGUGGGAGUGUCCAAGUGUACCAAACAACCCCACAAACGAAUACAUGGCUAAUACAGUCCCGAGGAGUGUGACAUAGAUAUAUGUUGGUGUGUGGUGUGUGUGUGUGUGUUGGAGUGUCAGUGUAGUAUGUGUGAUGUGUAAGGUAGAGGUCCAGUUGAGUGUGCAUAGAGCCAGUGCAAAAAAUAGCAUCAAUGCAACUUGUCUGGGUAACUAUCUGAUUAACUUUCUUCAGCAGUCUUAUGGCUUGGGGAUAGAACUGUUCAGGAGCCUUUUGGUCCCAGACUUGGCGCUCUGGUAACGCUCGCCGUGCAGUAGCAGAGAGAACAGUCUAUGACUUGGGUGGCUGGAGUCUUUGACAAUUUGUAGGACCUUUCUCUGACACCACCUGGUAUAGAGGUCCUGGAUGGCAGGGAGCUUGGCGGCAGGGAGCUUGGCACCAGUGAUGCACUGGGCCGUACGCACUACCCUCUGUAGCGCCUCUGUAGUUGCCAUACCAAGCGGUGAUACAGCCAUUCAAGAUGAUCUGAGGGCCCAUGCCAAAUCUUUUCAGCCUCAUGUGUUGGUGUGUUUGGACCAUGAUAGGUCCUUAGUGAUGUGGACACAAAGGGAACUUGAAGCUCUCGACCCACUCCACUACAUCCCCGUCGAUGUGAAUGUUAAAUAGAAUAAUGUGUAAAUAUUGUACACUCCAGGGGUGCACAGCUCUUAGAGACUUACCCAGAAAUAAUUACAGCUGUAAUCUCUGCCUAAGGUGAUUCUAACAUGUAUUGACUCAGGGGUUUGAAUACUUAUGUAAAUGAGACAAUGUAUUUCAUUUUCAAUAAAUUUGCUAAAAUUUCUAAAGACAUGUUUUCACUUUGUCAUUAGGGGGUAUUGUGUGUAGAUGGGUGAGAUAAAACUAUUUUUAAAAUUUUUUAUUCAGGCUGUAACACAACAAAUGUGGAAUAAGUCAAGGGGUAUGAAUACUUUCUGAAGGUAUGAAUACUUUUGGAAGGCACUGUAGAUGUAGAGAUGUUAGAUACUAGCUAGAUGUAGAGAUAUCUCAGCCAGGUGUCUUUACUGAUAUCUCUACCAAUAGACUACUUCAUUUACCGUCAAGAAAAGGACGCAAUUUACAGUUGACAUGUUCUUUAUGUGUUAUUCAGGCUAUAUAGGACAUUCAAAGAUGCCAAGUAUCUCUACAUGCUGAUGGAGGCUUGCCUUGGAGGAGAGCUCUGGACCAUACUUAGGGACAGGUAUGGGAAAUGCAUCUCUUAACCAAUUAACUUUCAAAUGACACCAUGUUGCCUUGCUUUCCCCUACCUUCAUCAUUCUAACUUGUAUGACUAUUGUCUUCAACAUUGCAGAGGUUCAUUUGAAGACUCGACCACGCGGUUCUACACAGCCUGUGUGGUGGAGGCCUUUGCUUACCUGCAUUCCAAAGGGAUCAUCUACAGAGAUCUCAAACCAGAGAACCUCAUCCUGGAUCACAGAGGCUAUGCCAAGCUGGUGAGUAGAUAGAGACCUGAGGACACCUUCACACCUGCAGUAUAAUAAUAUGGCUCAAGACCCACAGCACCUGCUGGAAAGGGUGUUCAGUCAACAGAUCUCAUUGGCGCUCCUGUCUUUUCACAGGUGGACUUUGGCUUUGCCAAGAAGAUUGGGUUUGGGAAGAAGACAUGGACUUUCUGCGGGACCCCUGAGUACGUGGCACCUGAGAUCAUCCUGAACAAGGGGCAUGACAUCUCUGCUGACUACUGGUCGUUGGGAAUCCUCAUGUACGAACUCCUGACUGGAAGGUAAGGGAGGAAGUUUGUGGAUUUUGCUGUAGGUUCUUUUAUUGUAUAUCCAAUAGAAUAAGUGACUGGGAUCAGAAGGAAUGCCUGCUCAGUCUCCCAUACCUGUAACACCACACACAUGUAGAUGUAGGGUUAAAGUACCACAUAUGUGUUUUAAAUUAAUGCUCCUGCUUCUUUUUCAGCCCACCAUUCUCAGGGCCAGAUCCAAUGAAGACAUACAAUAUCAUUCUGCGAGGAAUCGACAUGAUUGAAUUUCCAAAGAAGAUCACCAAAAAUUCUGCCAAUUUGAUAAAGAAACUAUGCAGGGACAAUCCUUCGGAAAGACUUGGAAACUUGAAAAAUGGAGUCAAAGAUAUCCAAAAGCACAAGUAAGUAAAUUAAGUACUUUACCCUGCCUGGCUAAUGGCCAUGAUUAUACUUUAGACUGAAAAAAACAACAGCAAAGAUAACUCUGUUUUUUAAUCUAAAAUUUUUUAUCUUUGAAUCUCAGAUGGUUUGAAGGCUUUAACUGGGAAGGGUUGAGGAAAGGAACCCUGACUCCUCCUAUCAUCCCUGAAGUAAGUAAAAAAGAUGCAUAAUUUUAAAGUGAAACCGACACAUCUGAAGAGCAUGCCAAUGUUAGCAUGACUUCCUUUAUUAAACCGUUACAUGCAAUUAAUCCAGCCCCUCCUCUUCUCUAUCAGGUCUCGUCGUCAACUGACACAAGCAACUUUGACAGUUUCCCAGAGGACAACGAUGACCCUCCUCCAGAUGACAUGUCUGGCUGGGAUACAGAUUUUUAA